UUCAUUGGAGUUGACGAUACGGAGUAGUAAAUUUCCUUGAUUCAAGGUGUGUACUCGUUGCGCUCCACGUUAUCGUAAUACGAAUGGUGGCCGUGGCUCGUGAAUGGUGACAAAUGGUAGUUCUUCGAGUGCCAGGUGAUCCAUGUUGAUAACACUGCAGAACAAACGCCGAACAAAUGAAGGUUCUGGAAAAAACUUAAAGUUUGGGAAACUUCAAUCUUAUGUCUGGUUUCUACUUUCAAAUACACCCGGACAUCGAAGGAUGCUCUAGUCUGUGUUAAUGGAAUACCAAGACGAAAAUAAUGUAUUGUGUUGAAAGAAGGUGGGCUCUUGAUAGGCAGAUGGACGGAGAAUAUUUGAUGCCAUUGAAGUUGCCGUCAGCAAGCAGCAUAAACAACCAUGGAUCGAAAAAGGGGAGGUCAACAUUUCUGAAACGCUUGUUCCUGGUCUUUGCUGCGGUUUUAACACUACUGGCCCUGUUGUACGUCCCGGUUUAUCACUCCGCCCAAGGGCCCCUCCAAGGCCUAGGUGAGAUUCCUAUCCUGAGCCCUGCUGGGGGCUCGCAGUCCGUGACCUCCGUAGCUCAACUUUCGGGCUGGGCUGACAAUACCACAAGAGACGUACGUAUCUACGUACAGCCAGAAAGUAAUACCACAAUAAUUUCUCCGGUUGGAAUCUGCGUCACUCCGCCAAUUCUAAUCAUAGUUGUUUGCUCAUCAGUAUCGAAUCAGAAAGCGCGAGAUGCUAUAAGGGAUACGUGGGCAAACAAAACUAUUCUAGAGAAUUAUAACGCAACAGUAGAAGUAGCAUUUCUUGUGGGAGAAAGCAGCAACGAUACUUUAAAUGAGAAUAUAGAAAAUGAAAGCUUACAAUAUAAAGAUAUAAUCCAGGAAAAAUUUCAAGACUCCUAUAAUAAUUUAACAAUAAAAUCGAUCAUGAUGUUGAAAUGGGUUACGUUGAACUGUGGUCAGGCAAAAUAUCUAAUGAAAACUGACGAUGAUAUGUUUGUCAAUGUACCAGUAUUAAUAAGACUCUUGCAAGCGAGACCUAAGGCCAAUGGAGCUCUGAUGGGAUCUCUCAUUUGCCGUGCCAAACCUAUCACUGAUUCGAAGAACAAGUGGUUCAUGCCAAAGUAUAUGUAUGCCGAAAAAAUGUAUCCGAACUAUCUUUCUGGUACUGGAUAUGUAAUGAGUCUAGAUGUGGCUUCCAAGCUGUAUGCGACUGCAUUGGAUACACAAUUGAUAUAUUUGGAGGACGUUUACCUGACUGGAAUUUGCGCGAGGCGCGCCAAAUUACGGCCAACCAAUCAUCCAGGGUUCAGCUUUGUCUCCAGAAAGCUAGACCCUUGUGUGUUUCGCAAUGUUAUUACUGCACACAGGGUUUCGGCAUCGAAUUUGUACGCUAUGUGGAAACGUGUAAAUAACUCUACUUUGAAAUGCGUAGCUCCAUCAGCCUCUGUCAAAAAGCAACCUAGUUUAAGUAGGAAAGGAAGAAACACUAGGUAUUAUCCCGAUCGCGGUAGAUCAGUGGCUAAAUGCGUUUGACUAAGUUAAAUUCAUCAUCAGAUUUGAUUUCAGAUUAAUUAUUGGCGGAUAUUCAUUGUUUGUCAUUCGGUUGUCCACAAAAUUAAAGUCGUAAAAUGAACAAGUAUUAAACAAACAUCACAAAUGAUAUUUUUUAAUCAUAUUUUUUUAAUCCUUUUUUAUUUAUUAACCACCUGUAGUGAUUUUAUAUUUAUUUGGCUACUAAUUGGGCUGUUACAUGAUCAAAAAUUAUAAUAUUUAUUCAUAAAUACUGCUGUGACUCUGAAUUCAACUCGAUUCCGAAUAAUUUUAGACUUUUCGAGGGACUCUUAAGUUUUAACUCAACAACAUACAGCGAUUUAUACUUAUAUCUAUAAAACGUAUCCACAAUACUAUUACACAUGACAAGUCAUUUAAGGAUAUCUAAUUA